GAGGAAGAGAGCAAGCCGCGCUGUAUAAAGACGGCCGUCGGCUGUAGCUGCCUGCUCAUACCCGUUUAGCUGUUGUCAUUGCAUUUGCUGUUGCUGCAUUUUUCAUUUUCUCAGAUUUACUUCUGGUUCUCUGCUUUUUCUAACAGUAGCUAACUCAAAAACGACCUGCAGCACUUUAUUUUCGGGAUAACGUCUGAAUCCGUCGAAAGGCUUCGUCUAUGGUACUGACCGGAGCGUCCAAGAUGUCUCGUACGGACGAGGUGCACCGCUUAACGGAGAAUGUUUAUAAGUCUAUAAUGGAGCAGUUCAACCCCUGCCUUCGGAACUUUAUUGCCAUGGGGAAGAACUAUGAGAAAGCUCUCUCUAGUGUGACAUUUGCAGCAAAGGGCUACUUCGACGCUCUGGUGAGGAUGGGGGAGCUUGCCAGCGAAAGUCAAGGCUCUAAGGAUCUUGGGGAUGUGCUGUUUCAAAUGGCUGAAGUCCACCGGCAAAUUCAAAUGCAGUUAGAGGAUAUGUUAAAAUCUUUCCACAAUGAACUACUUUUGGAACUAGAAAAGAAGGUGGAACUGGAUGCUAGAUACCUCAGUGCAGCACUAAAGAAGUAUCAGAUGGAGCAGAAGAGUAAAAAUGAGUCUCUGGAAAAAUGUCAGGCUGAGCUUAAAAAGCUACGUAGGAAAAGCCAAGGAAGUAAGAAUCCUCAGAAGUAUGGUGAAAAAGAGAUGCAGUAUGUGGAAGCAAUCAGCAGUAAGCAAGGUGAUCUGGAAAGCUACAUAGCAGAUGGAUUUAAAACUGCCCUUUCAGAAGAGAGGAGGAGAUACUGCUUUCUGGUUGAGAGGCAGUGUGCUGUAUCAAAAAACAACAUUGCAUACCACGGCAAGGGUAAAGAUCUGCUGACACAGAAAGUACCAUCCUGGCAGCAGGCAUGCUCUGAUCCCAGCAAACUCCCAGAACGUGCAAUGCUCCUUGCACAGCAGAUGGUUGCAAGUGCUACAGGAACACUAAUCUCCAGCCCCUUGCAUGCCUCCAAAUCUAGCUUGGUCAUCUCUGAUCCAAUACCAGGAGCAAAGCCUCUCCCUGUCCCACCAGAGCUGGCAGCCUUUAUGGCUCUAGGCCAUCAAGGGAGAAUGAUGGGUCCUGAUGGAGUACCUGCUAUGAAUGGGACUGCUGGUGUUGGUUCAAUUGAGGAUUAUAAUCAGUGGACAGAUGGGAAACUAUCCCAAAGCAAACCUCCCUCACCUCCUCAGGGUCAGAGGCAACUAAAUGAAUUCUAUUCCAACACUCUGCCUGUUCGGAAAGCUGCGCCAGCUAAAGGAAAAGCUAUGAUGGAAAAUCGAACACUACCUCGGUCAAGUUCCAUGGCAGCAGGUUUGGAAAGAAAUGGGAGAACGCGAGUGCAAGCAGUCUUCUCUCAUGCAGCAGGUGAUAACAGCACAUUGUUGAGCUUCUCGGAGGGUGAUACCAUCACUCUUCUGGUGCCUGAAGCUAGAGAUGGAUGGCACUAUGGGGAGAAUGAGAAAACAAAGUUACGUGGCUGGUUCCCUUUCUCCUACACAAGAGUUGUUCAAGAAAAUGGUUCAGAGAAGCUGCGUGUCAAUUUGCAUCAUGGAAAGAGCAGCAGCACAGGGAACCUUCUAGACCAUGAAGACCUCUCACUUCCCACUCCAGAUUACGGCUUGACUUCUCGUCUCCUGACACAAGCGUCAAACCAUAACCGACCUCGUCCCUAUAGUGUGGCUGUGCCUGCAUUCUCCCAGCAGGGUUUAGAAGAUUAUGAGUCGAGAUUCCCAAGCAGUCCAGAUAGUGAAGUGGCCCGGUUCUAAAGCUGCUGUCUAGGACUAUAGAAUCCAUUUUCAAAUGUGAGAUUGAAGCCUACCAUCACAGAUGACAGGUCAGCGCCGAUCAUCCACUAGCUUUGCUUAUAAGCUGUACAUUCUUGAGUGGAGGCUGAUCUUGCUCUGCUGCUGGAUACUGACCAGGAGAGGACAAAGGAGACCUUCCAUCUCCACCCCAACAUUUCACUCAUCUUCUCCCUUCAUUCUCUUACGGGUCAGAGGCAAGAUUCUGUGACUGAGCAAAUCUUUUUAGCAGAAUAUGAAGGUGGUUCUUAAAAUGCCACUGGAGUCCUGCUUUUUAUGUUUAAAAAAAAUAAAUAAAUAAAAAACCCUAAGCUUUUGGUGAGCAGCUGAUCCCUUUGGUAGCUGCACACAGGGUUUUAUUUUGGUGUUCUGAGGGAUAACUUCACGCUGCCCUCCAGCUGGGUUGAGAUUCCUUUAGCCUCGCUUCACAUCACUGCCUGAACUGCGAGGCUGACGCUGAACCAAAGUCAAUUUCAGUGGAUUCUCUUUUGCUGAGCACAUUAGUGUCGCUCUUGUAUUGCGUUAAAAGCAAGCAUGUAGCCAUCUAGGAACACAGACAGAAGCCUUAAAGCAGCCUUCAUGGAGCCACAGUGUUGUACAGUAGCUUUAAAUAUUGUAGAGUAUGAUGGAAAGAGGAUUACUGAAUAUUUAAAAGAAACGAGUUACAUUCAUAUUUUUGGUUAAUCUUUGGAGUAAUAUUUUUUUACACAUUAUAAUUUGAGGAGUUUUUGGUUGGAUCACUAGGAAACUACAACUGUACUUUGGUGUAACAGCAUUUUUGUGAUAUGGCAGAAUUUAAAGCACUAGGAUCAGAAGAAUGGCAAUUAUUUAAAUAUUCUUGGUGUCUUCUGUCAAGAAAAGGUGUAAGCCAUUUUAAAGUACAUUGGCAUCAGAUCGACAGCCCUUUAUAAUUUAUGCCUUGAUGGCCACCUUUCUUUACUUCUGCCAUCCUUGGUCUGGCUGGACAGGAGUGCUUAAGACAUAACAAGUGAAAAGCCACAAAACAAUGUGGGCAACAAUUUUCAGUGUUACCCUUCUGUAUUGGGUGUGGAUAAUUCCACUGUUUUGUCUUUAAAUGCCCCAUAAUAAUUCUAUAGGAAAUUACUAGUAAACAAAUAUACGAGACGUUUAAAAUCUGGAAUCUUGUUUACUUGAGAAGAGCAAUUAAGAAAUAAGUGGGGCUUUAUAGAUCCAAACCCUGAGGUUGUGAUGACGAAGCACUUUUUAAAAUUAGCACGGGGAGUUUGUAGUGCAGUUGUUUUUUUAUAGUAUUACUGUGACAUUUAUAUUAUUAAUAACUUAAGGAGCACCGAGUGGUACCAAAGUAUAUAUAGUUAAUAGAACUCUGGGUACAGAUCACGUGAUGACUGGUUAUGUGGCUGUUUUUCAUUUAGGCAUAUUAAAGUGUGUAGGUAUUCGUAAUUACACUGCAGAUGUCCGUUUAGAAAGCCAGCACAUCGGAGUUAAAGUAAACAGGCCUGGUUUGAGGGCAGCUGUUGUCAGAAGACUCUAAUGUGUUCAGCAGUCCUCCGCCUCUUCUGAGAAGCAUUUGAUGAAUUUGCUAAACUUGCCUUACGCCUCAGUUACACAAAGUAGGAACUCCACCUGGCAGGUCAGCAAGGACAUUACAUUUACAUUUACUUGCCAAGUCCCUUUGCCUAACUGCUUUUUUACAGAUUUAGGAAGUUUCUUUAGUACCUCGAGCCAAAAGGAUUCCAUAUAAACAAUUUAGGUUUAUUUUUAUUAAAAUAUUAAUCUCCCUGUGCUUUUUAUAUGUAUUGUACUAUAUACUGUAUGUAGUCAAAUUUACUGUAUUUGGUUGUAAUGGUGUUUAACUUGCAUGCAUAUUUAAAAUUUGUUUUAGAUAAGCUUCUAAUAUGGCUUAGUGUGUGUUCUUUUUUUUUUAAUUAAGCCUGCUAAUAUUCAAGCUUUUUUUUUGGAGGAGUGUGGCUUUGGUUGUCCUCCUAAAAUCUGGACGUGGUUAGCAGGACUAAUGGACUAAUUGAGCUCAUUGCCAGGGUUGAGUCAGGCACCUGCGUGUCUUUGUGAAAUGUCCUGUUCUACUGCAGUGUGUGUAACCUAAUAGUGAUUUAAUUAAAGGUAUUUUGUAUUAAUGUGCUGGUGCUGCUAGACUCUAACAGAAGUGGUGGCCCAACAAAGGUAACUGGAACAAACUGCACUUUGCAAUUUUUAAAUUAUCAAAGUGUAGUACUGUAUCGCGUGUAGUAUGCUGUCAUUUACGUUAACUGCAAAGGUCUUUGUUUCAAACAACCGGUAACUGUCAUGUUUUCACAUACAGUAUGUUUAAAAACAUGGAGCUGUUUCUGAGCUGCUUAGAAGUACUGAUGUUUAACAGGAGCUACAGCAGUUGAUGUGCUGGGCUUGUACAAAUCAGACUGCUGCUUUAUUCAUUUUUGCACUCCAGUAGGUUUCAUCGUUUGUGUUUGCCCAAACAUCUAAUAUACCAUGAAGCAACUGGCAAAUGUGUCCCCUCAGAUCCUUUAAAGUGUGUGUGUGUGGACUUUUGCAAUCCCCUUCAAGCCUUAGUUUGAGGUUUAGUGUAUUUGAGACAAAUGCUAGUGAAUACGUUGUGUAAGGAAUUAAUAAUUUAUGAAAAAGCAUUUACGUAUAAGAAAAGGACAUCUUGUGGUUCCUUUUCUCUCUUGAGCUACUGUACAUGAAAUACUUUUUUUGUGUGUCCUGUAACGUGGUGUUACCUCUGUAUGGGCACCACAAGUGUUUCUUUAAGUCGGAGAGGAGUGCCUUAAAGAGGCAUUUAGAACAUAGAAGCUGGAGACCAGGCUUAAAUUACGGCCAGACAGCCCAUAUGGAGGGCACAAGUUCUUCUGGUGUCUGUCUGACUUUUCUUCUCACUAAAUAAUUGUGUGCAUGUCAAAUGUUCUAAAAUACAUGAGUCAGUGUGCCCAGUGUCAGACUGGAUGCCAGGGAUGGCCUUUGUAACCUUUAGGUUUAUGUCAACUGGUUUGUGAAGAGGAGAUGGUUGUUAGUAACUCAAUGCCUCCUUUUAAUGGCGGUAUGUUGAUGGUCCUGAGUGUAGUCCCAGUUACGGACGUUGCACAGUCCAAGAGAAUGAAUGAGCAGUUCCUAAGAAAUCGGACCAUUCGGUACUCCACACAGUAACCCUGGAGGUGCCAGCUACACUGUGCCAUCUAUUGAUUAGGGACACUGAAUUGCACAGGACUCUCCCUCCACGUUAUGUUUGCAUAUACAUUUGACAUGCAGUGCAAUCAUUUUGACAUUUUCUUCUUUUAACAAUAACCACCUUUAUAGAAUGACCAGAGAAAUAAAAACCAAUACUGAUUUUCUUCCCUGGGAUGUUUUUAAAAUAAGUUUCAUUUGUUACACUUUCAUGUACAGUUAGUUGUUCACACAGCAAGCAACACACAAGCAUCUAACGGGGCUCUGCCUAGAAAGUGCAGCCUGAUCUGAUCAUCGCUUUCAAGCUCGAGGUGUUGCAUCUCACAAGAGCCGCUCUUAUGCUCCCCUCAGUUUGUGUGUUUUGUUGUUUUUUAAAUCUGGACACAGGAAGGCAGCGUUGUGGUCUUGUAAACUGCAGCAGCAGAGUGUGGUGGACAGGGACUCACGGGCAGCACAGCCUUGUUUUGAGUUAGAAUGUGAAUCGGAAGUUAGCUGCCAUUUUCUUCUCGGCCCCCUGACCGACUGUGCCAAUACUGUGGCUAAACACAAUGCAUCAGUAGAAGUACGCUGCCGCACUCGAUCAUUGUGCCUUCAUUUUCAAUUCUUGUUUUUAUCUUGUUUAAAAAAGGAAAAGUCAUUUCUAACUGCUUCUGAAUUACUUCCAAUGCACUAUUUGUAUGCUUUUGUGAUCAAAGAUAUGACUGUUGGGUGUAAUGGUCUUUAAUAGCAGUCAUUUUAAUGCUCCUACACUGCUCAACAUUAAUAAAUAUAUUUUCAGUG